CUCGUUUCGGUCGGUUGAGAUGGCGUCGCUGCCUAGCCGUGCGAAUCGAGGGUCCCGCAUCAACAAGUUGAUCGGUGAAGAAGCGGAAGCGGACGAGACCUUCUGGAGCCAUGAGGUGUGGAACGAGAGCGAAGACGAGGACUAUUCCAGCGAGGCUGAGGAGGAAGAUGUGGUGGACUCGGACUUUGACGAGGACGAAGCACCCGACGAGGCCGUGCACGACGGCGAAGUGGAGCUGAAGCGUCGGGAGAAGGCAUCUCGGCCGCCCAAGCAGUUGCAUCUGCAUCGACCCCCUCCUCGCACCAUCCCGCGUACUGUUACUCGUUCUCCUGCGACAUCCAACGCCCCUGUGGCGCCGAUUGAACCGAUGGCCGUUCGUUCGUCCACGGUGCAGAAGCGUUUCUUGUCGCACGAACUCCAGCAAAAGUACACGGAAGAAGCGCGCAACAUGCACGAGAAGGCGACCAAGGUCGUGGUGCGCAUGACCCAGGAACAACUUUUGAAGGAAGCCGUGCUCACGGAGGUGCAGAACACGGCGUCGUUGAAUCGGCUGGAGCGCCUAGAGGAAGAGAAGCGACUGGUGGACGAGAUCAUGCCCAAGACCAAGUACACGGGCCCGAUGGUGCGCUACCACAGCGCCAUCGGCAAGCCCAAGCUCAUCACGUUCCUCAACGUGGACGAGUUUCCCGCGCUGUUCAAGCGGCCCAAGAACGACCAUCAUUCUUUGUCGAGAUGACCCAGACGGAACGUUGGUCUUUUACUAUUUAAAGAACCCAUGGUGUUGUCUUUUAUUCGGUCUUUUAUUGCGUUUUCUUCUUGGUUUGGAUCGCUUUGGCGACGGCGGCGUCCGUGGCGCUCCAGUAGAGACCAAUUUGGGCCAAGAGGGUUCCGUUGAGGAGCAUGGAGAUGGCAAACCCCAGCAGCACGACUUGGUCUCCCGUUUCCUGCGCGAUCCGUUGAGAGCGAGUCAUGAUGCGAUGGAGAAGGAAGGUCUGACCUGGAGGGUGGUGAACAAGCGCGCGGCAGACCCGCCAAAGUUCAAGAACAACGUCAGGAACGCCAAUUGUCCCGUGUGUCCUUGUUUAAAGUUGGACAGAAUCUGCAUUUCACAUAUCGUGAGGUGGAUGGAAGAAGAGUGAAUGAAUGAAAAAGGGUGAGAAAGUACCUGAGGAAUGCGAGCCAUGACAGACAACGGAAUGCCCGCGGACGGAAGCACCCAGUCGAACUCGGAAGGGAGGUAGAACAUGCCUGCACCCAACGCCACGAACGCGACCACGCCAACUAAUUGCGUCGACUUGGCCGCGCCAGAGUAAUACCACAACAAGAGCACGAGGAUCACAUUCUGGAUCAAAAUGACGGCCGAUUCACCCCACGAACUGAUCGGAUACCCUCGGAGGACGUUGUACACGACAGACGCUUGGAAUGUAAUCACUUCGAGAUAGAACGACGACGGGUUGAGGCCGGCAACGUUGCCGGCAGCGACAAUCUUCAAGAUCUGCGGCAACUUCAAGAUGAAGCUGCCAACGAUGAUGAGGUACCCAAGCAGCUUGGACACCACUGCCUUGCCGCACUCGACCUGGAGAAAGUCGAAGCGCGUGAAGUACGCGUCGAAGCAUUGCGGCGUGAACACGCCGUACAGCAGGCCGCCCGUCGCCACGUGUCCUGGAGCCAUGGAAAAAUGAAAGCGGUCGUGCAUAACCAUAUAUGAUUGGAUAAAAAGGUGG